AAAGCUUACAACUUUUUUCUUCGUUCUUCUUUCUUUUAUAAAUUUUCUCACCCAUUUUUCACCAAUUCUCUCUACUUAAAAAAACCAACCCCCUAAAUCUCCCAAAUCCUUCACCCACGCGUAAAGCUUUCAUCUUUGGAUAAAUUCCAGAUCGCAAAAUCAGAUUUUUUUUUUAGUUUGUUUCAGAUCAAUCAGAGGAGAUGGAGAAUAACAACAACAAUCAGCAAUCUUUUUGGCAGUUCAGCGACCAGCUGAGAGUUCAGACACCAAAUCUAGCGAACCUGUCGCUUAAUGACUCGAUCUGGAGCACCAACUCUGUCUUCAAAGAGCGUCGUAACUUGGACAUCGCGGCCUCUGCCGACAAGAACAUCAACCAGAUCGACUAUCAUCUGAACCAGAAUCAGAAGAAGACUAGUUCCGACAACAUCAAUUCCAACUGGAACUGGAAGUCUUCUGGUCCAAACAACAACGACAACAUGGGUGGUUUGGGCUUCGGACCCGUCGGAUCAAAAUCCACUUUUGAUUUGAAGAACCCAACCGACAAAUUCAACUCCCCUUUCAACGACACCUGGAAAUUCAACUCAGUCAACGCCAACGUUAACGGUUACACACCGUCAGGCGCCGUUAAUGGAGAUUUCAACAAAGGGGUUUACACGUCGAUGAACAAGUAUGGGUAUAACGUGAAUCUAAAGCAAGGUGGGAAGAACAAAGGAGUCGAUGAAGAUCAUCAUCAGGUUCAGAAAGGUGGGAAGAAGAACAGAAAGAAUCAUCAGAACAGUAGCCAGAGGAACGAAGACGACAAGAAUAGUGGUUUGGACAAGAGGUUCAAGACGCUUCCUCCAGCAGAGGCUUUGCCAAGAAACGAAACCAUUGGUGGUUACAUCUUUGUCUGCAACAACGACACCAUGGAAGAGAAUCUCAAACGCCAGCUUUUCGGAUUGCCACCAAGAUACAGGGACUCGGUGAGAGCGAUAACUCCAGGACUUCCUCUGUUUCUUUACAACUAUUCCACUCACCAACUUCAUGGAAUCUACGAGGCAGCUAGCUUCGGAGGAACAAACAUUGAGUUGAAUGCUUUUGAAGACAAGAAAUGUCCAGGCGAAUCUCGAUUCCCUGCUCAGGUUAGGGCCAUAACGAGGAAAGUGUGUUUACCACUGGAAGAAGAUUCUUUCCGACCCAUUUUGCAUCACUACGACGGUCCUAAGUUCCGGCUUGAACUCAGUGUCCCUGAGGUCCUUGCUCUAUUGGACAUUUUCGAAGACCAAAACCCUUGAAAUUGGGAUACCAAUGAAGAACACGAAAUAGUGCUUUGUUAACACGAAAGAGAGAUAUACCCGAUUAUAUAUAUAUAAGUAUAAGGAGGAGUAUUAAUAAUUGUCUGAAGAAAUGGUAUCGUAUUACUAGUUUUACGGUUUCUUUUAAAGUGUUUUCCCAGAAUGUAUGGGAAAUCAGAAGAUAUGUUCUAUUUUUGCGUGGGCUGGAUGAAGAAUACAUUUCCACUUUUGUUUUUUUGUGUAAAUUAUAAAUAAAAAUAACAUUGUGUACAACUCAAAACAGCGAGAAAUGAGAUGAACUCUAUCCAUUUGUGUUUU